GCCAUUAUGAAACCCGUAUGUAAACAAGUUCAGAAAUGGCGGCCUCCUUGGUCAGGAUCUGUGGGAAGUUUGGGAGACAUUUGUCCCGGCCAUGGAGCGUGAGCCAGUGGAGGCUGCAGCACGGGUCCCGGUCUGUAGCAGAGGCAGCUACAGAGCAGGCGGGCCUGGCUGGAGUUCCCCACCCGCCACUGCAGAUCAUCUCUGAGGAGGAAAGCAUGAUGAGGGAGGCAGUGAAGAAGUUUGCCCAGGAGCGCAUCGCCCCCUUUGUGUCAAAGAUGGAUGAAAACUCUGCCAUGGAUGAUGCAGUGAUCAAUGACCUUUUUGAGCAAGGGCUGAUGGGCAUCGAGAUCGACCCAGAGUACGGCGGCACCGGCUCCUCCUUCUUCUCCUCCAUCUUGGUCAUCGAAGAGCUGGCAAAGGUGGACCCAUCUGUGGCUGUUCUCUGUGACAUCCAGAACACGCUGAUCAACACGCUGGUGUCCAAACUCGGCACCGAGGCCCAGAAACAGAAGUACCUCACCCACCUCUCCACAGACAUGGUUGGCAGCUUCUGCUUGUCAGAGGCGGAGUCUGGGAGUGAUGCGUUUUCUUUGAAAACACGCGCUGAGAAACAAAAGGACUACUACAUCAUCAAUGGCUCCAAGAUGUGGAUCAGCAACGCGGAGCAUGCGGGGGUGUUCCUGGUGAUGGCCAACGUGGACCCCUCAGCAGGUUACAGAGGAAUCACCUGCUUCAUUGUGGACCGUGACACAGAGGGUCUUCAGAUCUGCAAGAAGGAGAACAAGCUGGGCCUGCGUGCCUCCUCUACCUGCCCCCUCAAUUUCGACAGCGUCAAGGUUCACGAGAGCAACAUUCUCGGGCAGGUCGGCCAUGGCUACAAGUACGCCAUUGGGAUGCUGAACGAGGGCAGGAUUGGCAUCGCGGCCCAGAUGCUGGGCCUUGCACAGGGCUGCUUCGACCACACCGUCCCUUACACCCGCCAGAGGGUUCAGUUUGGCAAGCGCAUUUUCGACUUUCAGGGCAUGCAGCACCAGAUCGCCCACGUGGCCACGCAGCUGGAAGCCGCCCGUCUCCUGACCUACAACGCCGCGCGCCUGAAGGAGGCUGGGAGACCCUUCAUCAAGGAGGCCUGCAUGGCCAAGUAUUUCGCCGCUGAGGUUGCUACUUUGACAACAUCAAAAUGCAUAGAAUGGAUGGGAGGGGUGGGGUUCACUAAAGAUUAUCCCAUUGAGAAGUACUACAGAGACUGCAAAAUAGGCACAAUUUAUGAAGGUACAACCAACAUCCAGCUUACCACCAUGGCCAAGUUCAUCGACCAAGAGUAUGACCACUGAACUAUGACUGCUCAACUGUGUGUGACUGUAGAAAUAAGCUGCUGAGAUUGACUUCUAGUAUGCACUCCUGUUUGUUACACUCUCUGGUUGUAGAUAAGACUAAGGGUGGGUUUAAGAGUGUGACAAAUGUACAAAUAAUGCUCGGGGAGUUGUGUAUUACCAUAGAGCAUUGCUGUGCUAAACUUUCCUUUUUAUGGUUUUCAACACAAUUAAGCUAAAUCACUCAUUACAAGAUAUCAAGCAUAAAUCUAUCCUAAACAAUGUGCAAUAGUAUUGAAUUUUGCCUCAUAGUUCAGCAAUACAUGGAUUUUUCCUGGUGGAUGGGAAUAUCUAAUACAUUUGAGUUGAAAUCAUACUUUCAUUUGUGUGUCAUUUGUGAGUUUGUGUAAGGUAAUCAGCAAAAUAUGAAAAAAUGGCACAUUUUUCUAGUAAUCAGAUUUGAUACAUGUCUUCUUUGGGACUCUAUUCUGUCUAACUGCUUAGAACUUUGUCCUUUGCUUCCAGUGACAUAAUUUCUUGCUUCUUUCUUGUCUGUGAGUUCAGAAGUCAUUGAACUUGGUCAACACUAUAAACCGUGCAAGAAAAAGGGAAGAAUGAUGCUUCUUCACUGAGAUCCCUGUGAAUUGUUACAUUUGUUAUUCCGACAUUAAGGACACUUUAG